AUGAAAGACCGUGACUCUCUCUCCCUCCUGCACUACUCCGGUUCAGGCAAGACGAGCCCUCAGUUCGCUUCCUCUGCUCUCCAUCCCAGCUCCCCUGUGCUGGGAAAGCCCCAGCCUUUCUGCCUGCAGUCCGGCCAGCAUCUCAUAGCCUCCAUGCAGCUCCAGAAACUCAACAGCCAUUAUCAGAAUCUGUCCUCUGCAGCUCCAACCGGACCCGGCCGGGGGUACGGCACCACCAUGCUGGGCACAGGACAGAUUGCCACCCCUGGUGCGGCUCAGGCACCCGGGAUCAUUGAUUCUGAUCCGGUCGAUGAGGAAGUUCUGAUGUCGCUAGUGGUGGAGCUGGGUUUGGACCGUGCCAAUGAGCUUCCAGAGCUAUGGCUGGGUCAGAAUGAGUUCGACUUCAUCGCGGAUGUGCCAGCUGGCUGCUGA